AUGCCAAAAAGAAUAAUAAUUGGGUUUGUGGACAAUAAUGCAUUCAACGGAAAUGGAAGCAAAAAUCCUUUUAAUUUUCAAAAUUAUAAAAUUAAUCAUCUUUCGCUUUAUGUUGAUGGUACUCAGAUACCUUCUAAACCACUACAGCCAUCAUUUGGGGAUAAGAAGUUGUAUGUCGAAGCGUAUCACACGUUAUUUAGCGGAACUGGUAUCCAUUUUCUGAACGAAGGAAAUAAUAUUGAUAGAGAGAAUUAUCCUGCAGGAAACUGUUUGUUCGCCUUUGAUCUUACACCUGAUCUCUCAGCAAACUGUUACUCUCACUGGAAUCUUGUAAAACAUGGUAGUCUCAGAAUCGAAGUACGAUUCGAGGACGCCUUAACUAGUACUAUUAAUUGUCUUGUAUAUGCGGAAUAUGAUAAUGUUCUGGAAAUAGACUCGUCCAGACAGAUUAUUGUCGACCUUAGCGCUUGA